GAGGUACUUCCUGAAACAAAAACGAAAACCGUAGUACAGCGCGCGCGCAUCUCAGCACGUCUUAGCUUUGUUUACAGUAAAAGUUAAAUAAGUGAGAACACACUCACUCAACCGUGUGUGUGUGUUUUAUUUAGAAUAAGGCUAUAGAAAUAGCGCUUCAGUUUAAUUCUGUCCUGCACGCGGGUGCACCUACACAGUGAGUGAGGAGGUGUUUGGGACUGAGCCAGGAGCGGGUCCAGGUUUAUAGACGUGGGGUGGUAAGGGUGGGCACGCGCACACACACACGGGAUCAGGUUUGUGAUCAGCAGCCAUCCAUGCGACUACACUUGUACCUGUUCACAGGGUGAAUCACUUCGGGCCGUGAGAACACGCCCCUUUGCGGUGUGGCAGAAAGUGUACAGGACACCAUGGAGGCGAACAACUGGAAGUGUGAGCCAAGAACCAGCGAGAAGAAAUGUUCGUGGGCGUCCUAUAUGACCAACUCAUCCACUCUGAUUGUCAUGAUCGGCCUCCCCGCCAGAGGCAAGACCUACAUGUCCAAGAAGCUGACUCGCUACCUCAACUGGAUCGGCGUACCCACAAAAGUCUUUAACCUGGGCGAGUACCGACGUGAGGCCGUCCAGUCCUACAAAUCCUACGACUUCUUCAGACACGACAAUGCCGAAGCCAUGAGGAUCAGGAAACAGUGCGCUCUAGUGGCUCUGCAGGAUGUGAAGAGUUACCUGAAUGAGGAGGGCGGGCAGAUCGCUGUGUUUGAUGCCACGAACACGACCCGGGAGAGGCGAGAUCUCAUCCUGGAGUUUGCCCAGGAGAACGCGUACAAGGUGUUUUUCGUUGAGUCCAUCUGUGACGAUCCAGAUGUCAUCGCUGAAAAUAUAAUGGACGUGAAGGUGUCGAGUCCGGAUUAUCCCGAGAGAAACCGCGAGAGCGUCAUGGAGGACUUUCUGAAGAGAAUCGAGUGCUACAAAGUCACAUAUCAGCCAUUAGACCCAGACGCAAACGAUAAAGAGCGCUCCUUCAUCCAGGUGAUCAACGUAGGCCAGCGUUUCCUGGUGAACCGCGUGCAGGAUUACAUCCAGAGCAAGAUCGUGUAUUACCUGAUGAACAUCCAUGUGCACAAACACUCCAUCUACCUCUGCCGUCACGGAGAGAGCGAAUACAAUGUGCAGGGUCUGAUCGGGGGCGACUCGGGCCUGUCCACUCACGGGAAAGAGUUUGCUGUGGCUCUGAGGGAUUUCAUAGUGGACCAGAAGCUGGUGGAUCUGAAGGUGUGGACCAGCCAGCUGAAACGCACCAUCCAGACGGCUGAGGCUCUGGGCGUUCCGUACGAGCAGUGGAAAAUCCUCAACGAGAUUGAUGCUGGCAUCUGUGAGGAAAUGUCCUACAGCAUGAUCAAGGAGAAGUAUCCUGAGGAAUUCGCUAUGAGAGAUCAGGAUAAAUAUCAUUACCGCUACCCAGGAGGGGAGUCAUACCAGGAUCUGGUGCAGAGGCUGGAGCCAGUGAUAAUGGAGCUGGAGAGGCAGGGCAAUGUGCUGGUCAUCAGCCACCAAGCCGCCAUGAGAUGCCUGCUCGCAUAUUUCCUAGACAAAAGCGCUGAUGACUUGCCGUAUCUGAAGUGUCCUCUCCAUGUGGUGCUGAAACUCACCCCUGUGGCUUACGGGUGUAAAGUGGACAUGUUCGACCUGAAUGUUGAAGCUGUGAACACACACCGCAACAGACCACAACCGCAACUCGUCAACAGCAAACAGGAAGCACCAGCGAGGAGAAACAGCUUCACUCCAAUGUCCAGUCAGGACCAGGUGAAACGGCCGCGGGUCUUCAGCGUCGGAAACCCACCCUGCACUCCUCUUCCUCUGUCGCUGAGCUCCACAGACGUCCCUGAGGCACAGGAGAACGAUGAGCAACAAGAAACGGCGAAUUCCUCACGUCCUGGAGAUUGAGACGAUGAACAGAAGUGAAUGCGAGUGCUUCAGUCUCCACCCAGAUGAGUCAGACUCGCACCUUACACCAUCCACAGCCAAUCCCAGAAACCAUAUCUGUGUGUCUGUCUGUUUGUUUUUAUGUUUGGCUCAUUUAAAGAAAUACUUCAGCUGAACAAUGAGAUGUUCACUCUGUUCUCAUUAGCAUAAAUGUAGUCAGUUAGCCAACAUACAUUUGAUGUCUGAGGUUUGCUACGAAGCUAACACAGCUAACAAUUCAUGGAUGACUAUUAGACAUAAACAUGUUGGCAAAUCCUCAUAUUCUUGCUUCAAAUAACUAUAUAAAGCUAUGUCAUUUUGUUGAAGUCCAUAUUUACACAUUUAUGUUUAAAGUUGAACAAUUAUAUGCCAUCUAUUUCAACUCAAAGUGCUCUUGAAAGAUAAAUUCUGUUUAUUUAAGCGUUUACGGAAGCAGUCUCCAGUGGUUGAGACUUCAGUAAUGGAAACUCUACAGUUUCUCAGCAUCAUGAAAAAUCUACAUGUUUUUCUUAAACUCAAGUGAUCCUACAAGAGUUAACUAUAAACAGAUAAACAAUAUGUUUCGGCUUUUAAUAAACCAUUUUAAUCGUUGGUAAAUUCUUCAUCAGGAUGGAAAAGAAACAACUUCUAUCCAUAUCAGCACCAUAGCACUACCAUUACACCAUCCCAGUGUUGAUGAGUUUCCUAUAACAGCAUACUCCAGAAAGUGCUUUACUCUGUACCCCUAUAGCGGAAAGAGGAAGUGAUGUGGAUACUAACGUUCCAUUUUAAACUAAAGUUUGUUAAUAUGCACUUAUUGAUAUCUGAAGGAAGAAUAUGAAGAUUUGGCUGUGGAUUAAGCAGACACCAGGCAUGCCUUGGACAAUCCAUUAUUUUGGGGUUAAGGUGAACACUUUUUAUUUGUAAGUAUAUCUGGAUAGGUAUUUGCCAAGAAAUUCUGCAUUAAUGUCCCUGUACCUUUGUGCGCAGUGCCGAGUGGAUUGCGUGACAUUGUUAUUUCAUUCCCAAACUGAAUGAUUUACGUGUCAUUCAGUCAUCUAAUAGCUACUCCAAGCCUCUGCUGCUCCUCUGUCCGUGAUGUUGCAGUGGGAUAAUGAGUCAGUCACGAAGCAUGUGAGCCGCAUUACCAGUCUUGUAAUCCAUUUGGGCACUAAUCCCAGAAACUCAAACAAGAUUGUAUCUUACACAAUCAGAAUGACACAACAAUGAUGUAGAUGUAGCUUCCUUCCCUCACAAACACCCAGUUUCCUACAGAACUUAAGUCUUGUACUACUGACAGCAAUUUCUGUGCCUUUAAUUCUCAUUAAAAGAGGCAUGGCCUCUCUGUGUAAGCAUCAUUUAAAGGGAAGUGGCCUCCGUGCCUAAGCCUCAGUAAAAGGGGCGUUGUCUUUGUACCUAAGUUUUAGUAAAAGAGGUGUGGCCUUAUACUUAAGUCUCAGUAAAAGGGGCAUGGCUUCUGUACCUAAGCCACAGUCAAAGGGGUGGGGCCUUUGUACCUAAAUCUGAGUACAAGCGGCGUGGCCUUUGUGCCUGUCAGUCAUUGGUCUUCUUGCCUGUAAUGCUGCAUUCAAUUUACCUCAGAAAGUCAGACCACUGAAUUGCAUUAUUUUCAACCUCCUUACACAAGAGCUACAUAGUUGGGAAAAAACAACAAAUGCCUCCAUGUUUGUGUUGCCUUAGUACAUUACAAAUGCUUUCCAGCUAGCUAUGAUGACCUCCUCAACAUAAAUCUCAGUAAAAGGGGCGUGGCCUCAUGCUUCAUUCUCAAUAUCAUUUAUGGAAUAGAAUUAGCAAACAGAUGGCUGGGAUUCACUUUGUUACAGAGCGGUUAGACUGAAAGGUCUAAUCAGAGUUAUUUGUACUGAUUGUUUUUUUUUGUGCCAGAGCUGCUGAUUACCACGCACAGGAUACUGUCGACUGGUGUUUCCAUGAUUAUGCAGUAAAGAUUGUGAGAAAAGUUUUAAAUGUUUUAAGGAAUGUCAUAAGCAACAAGCAAAAAAUAUGCAAAAUAUAUGUUUAAUAUGUGAAAAAAGGCACUUAUUAUCACUGUGCAUUCAUCAAGCUCUUCUUCACCACUUUCUCCAUCAUCCUUUAGGCUAGCGCAAUAUUGGCAUAAUAAUUGGCAUUUGGUGAUAUGAUAUGAUAUGAUAUGAUAUGAUAUAAUCAGUGAUAAACAUCACUGGAUAUUGUGGUAAUGUGAUAUGGUGUAGGGACAUUAAUAUCAUAUGACACUAGUCUCUGUGGUGAUUGGACAUUGAGGUAACAUUACAUCAUGACACAGGUCUGUUCUGAUCUCUGUAAAGAAUGGCUUUUGUAUCUCGGUCCUGUACAGCCACCAGUAACGCACAAGAUAGUGUAAUAAUAAAGGCCGUGGGAAUAAACAGUUUCUUGACAGCUUGUUCAUUUAAACGCCUGACUGGAACACCAGCCUGAAACACCUCAAGCCAUGAUUUUACUGAAUGUUUUAUUUGAUUUUAUUUGAAAUGUUUUUAUUUUACAAAAUGCUUUAUUUAUUAGGUACUCUAUAGUUUUCUCAUUGUAUUACUUUUUUUUUUAGGAUAAAUGAGCAGUGGCUUUUCAAGUAAAAAAAAAAGAGUUUAUUUUCUGUGUGUAAGUAGUGAUGGAAAUGUCUUGUUUUAUGUGAUUAAAU